ACUCAAUAGAUACUUGUCUACUCCGUCCAUCGCUGUGAAUAUAUAUAUAUAUCACAAAUGUUUUCGCAGUGAAGUGAAUUCAAUUUUAUUGAAAGACUUGGAUAUUAUCCGUCAUGAUUCGGGUACUUGGCAGCAGAUUUGGCGAGUGCGCACGUACAGUGUCGGGAUACGCGAACUGGGAAAGUCAAUGUCUCGAGUUUAGUCUGCUUUCUUCUUCCUAAUGCAACAUUUAGGCUUUUGAAGAGGGCGCGGAGCUGAGCCGUAGGGUGAGAAACUGAGACAGCCACCGCGGCAGAUUGAGAAGUGCGGACAGAGCACUCCCCGGACGGAGUCAGUAUGCUGUCCGAUGAAAUAGCGGCUGGAGCGGAGAUGGGAACUGACUCGUUGAAACUGUACUGCGUUGUUAUGAUGGAUCAUUGCAUCCUAACCAAUGCCAUGUUUGUAUGAAGGACAAAAGGGAAAAGGGGAAAGUGUUUGUUUGCGGGAUAUACAAUGGAUACGGAUAUCAUCACUUUUACUAAGUGCCCUGGAUCCAAAUGUCACCUCCCCGGGACUCUGCCCCAGCCGGGGCCCAUCCGAGUGUGACCACUGGGCCGGAGGACCGCGGCGUGCUCCCGCCGCACUGCACCCCUCGAAAUUGGCCUCUGAGCGGGCCCGGGCAUAAUGUGAUGCACCCCGCCGCCAGCAGGGCCUGAUAUCCGAGCAGAGUGAGCAAGCGUGGAUGGAGCCAGCCGGCGGGCCAUUGCCCUCUAAUGAGACCCGCCGCUCCACGAGCUGAGGACCAGCCAUUAUAGCAGGAUUAUAGCCCUAGUUUUCCUGUUCUAACCCCUUGAACUGCAGCACAUUAGCAUAAUCUAACAGAGGACUGCUUCUUCUGUGGAGUAUUUCACUAUCCCUCUUUUCCUUUUUUUUUUUUUACUGCGGUUUCUUCAUCGUUUGGUAUUUGCCUGCCUUGGCGUGUGGACGCAUUCUUUUUGUCGCUGUCAUUAUGGAGUUUCAGGUGGGACCAUGGAAUAAGGAUUGGCCUUCGUUUCUUAGCUUUUGGCUGACCGUGUUGUUGAGCCUACACGUGCAGUUUUACCCGGUGGCCUCGUGUCCGGUGGAGUGCCGCUGUGACAAAACGUUUGUUUACUGCAACGAGAGGAGCCUGACCUCGGUGCCCUUGGGCGUGCAGGAGGGCUGCAAGACCCUCUACCUGCACAACAACCAGAUCAACAACGCUGGCUUCCCGCUGGAGCUGCACAAUGUGGCCUCGGUAGAGACGGUCGUUCUGUACGGCAACCAGCUGGACGAGUUCCCCGUCAACCUGCCGCGGAACAUGCUCAUGCUCCACCUGCAGGAGAACAACAUCCAGACCAUCUCGCGGGCGGCUCUGGCACAGCUGCCCUUCCUGGAGGAGUUGCACCUGGACGACAACUCCAUCUCCACGGUGGGCGUGGAAGAGGGGGCCUUCCGCGAGGCGGUCAGCCUCAAGAUGCUGUUCCUCACCAAGAACCACCUGAGCAGCGUGCCCAUCGGCCUGCCCGUGGAGCUCAAGGAGCUGCGUCUGGACGAGAACCGCAUCGCCGACAUCCCCGAAGAGGCCUUCCAGAACGUCACCACCCUGCAGCGGCUGCUGCUCGACGGCAACCUGCUGACCGACGAGGGAAUCGCCGUCGGGACCUUCCAGGAGCUGGUGAACCUCCGUGAGCUCUCGCUGGCGCGGAAUUCGCUCACCGGGCCGCCGCCCAUGCUCCCGGGCGUCUCGCUGGUCAAGCUCAACCUCCAGGAGAACCAGAUGACCAGCAUCCCGGUGACGGCGUUCGCCGGGCUGCAUCGGCUCGAGCGGCUGGACAUCUCCAACAACCAGCUGCAGUCCCUGCCGCAGGGGGUGUUCGACAGCCUGGUGAGCCUGCGGCAGCUCAGCGUGCGCGGCAACCUCUGGCACUGCGACUGCUCCAUCAAAUGGGUGAUUGCGUGGCUCAAGUCCCUGCCGUCCACCAUUAACGUGCGCGGCUUCACAUGCCAGAGCCCGGAGAGGGUGCGUGGCAUGGUGAUCAGAGAGCUCACGCUGGAUGCCAUCCAAUGCCCAGCUGGCACGGAGCUCGAGCCUUGGCCGACCCAGCCACCACCGUCCCCCUCCCAGCCUCGGAGAACCACCACCAUCCGUCCUGCCCCCCAGACCACCACCUCCAUGUCCCCCACCUCCACCAUGUUCUACCCCCCAACUCACAAGCCAACCCCCCCAGGGCCAGACAUGCCAGGCCUGCCCCCCGGACCUCGUCCUCCGUACGAGGACUCCCUACAGAUCUCCUUUCACAUCGUCAACUCCUCCUGCAUCGAGGUGAGCUGGGCGUCCUACUUCACCGUCACGGCCUACAAGGUGACGUGGGUGAAGAUGGGCCAGGCGCUGAUGAGCGACGUCACCCGGGAGACCACGGUCCCCGGCGACCGCCGCAAGCUCUCCCUCACCAACCUCGAGCCGCGCUCUAACUACCGCAUCUGCGUCUACGUGCUGGACACCCUCAACGUCUACCGGCCGGGCGAGGACACUAUCUGCUCGGAGGCUAAGACCAAGUCCUUCAGCAAGGCCACAGAGACGGAGCCCGCGGCACAGCAGGACGGCAGCUCCACCCUGCUGCUGGCCGGCAUCAUCGGCGGCGCCGUCCUCGUCGUCCUGGUGACGCUGCUGAGCCUCUUCUGCUGGCACAUGCACAAGAAAAGCCGGACGGCGUCGUCCAAGUGGAAAUACAACCGCGGCCGGAGAAAAGACGACUACUGUGAGGCAGGGACCAAAAAGGAUAAUUCCAUCCUGGAGAUGACUGAAACCAGCUUUCAGAUAGUGUCCUUGAACAAUGAACAGCUUUUAAAGGGAGACUUCCGGAUCCAGCCCAUCUACACGCCUAAUGGGGGCAUCGGCUUCCGAGAUUGUCACCUCAGUAACAACAGCAUAGCAUACUGCAAGAGCAGCAACGUUCCCAGCAUGGAAUUCUGCCACACGUGAUGAUUAUCAGUGGGAUGCUACAACUGUUUGUUUAAAAAAAAAUGUGUAGUAAAAUAUACUGUACAAUAUAUAUUUCCAAGUUCAGUCUACAAUGUAAUUUAUACUGUGGACAAUUAUGUGGAAUUCUGCUAUCUUUUUUAUUCUUAGUAAAAUGAAACUACAAAUGAUUUUCUAACUAGAGGGGAUGGACAUGGUUUUGGCUCUCACGGACAGUACAGAUGAAUUGUACAAUCAUGGUGUGCUGGCUUCUCCACUCAAGAAAUCCUGUCGGGCUGGUCUCUCCUUGGGCGCUAGGAGAGCUUGGAUACUUUGCUAACCACAGAAGCAAAAAUAUGCCCUCUGUGCUAAAACACAGCCACCCCUUCACAGAACGGUAGUUAAGAUAACACAGUGGUUGCGAAACACAAACAACCCUGAUUAGCCUACCAUGGAAAAUAAGACCUGGUGUUAGUUUUUUCCCUCUUCUCCUUAAAAGAAUUGAAAAGUGCACUUUCCUAAAGCGUCGGACAAAAGUGUUUCUGUGCAUGUGCGUGUGCUUGUGUGUGUGUGUGUGUGUGUGUCUGUGUGUGUGUGUAUGGGCGCGUGUGCACAUGGUUGUUCAGGAAAUUAGCUUUUGUUGAAGUUACACCAGAGAAAGUGUGUGAGGGCACACUUCCCCAGCAGCCCACAGGUCUCAGAGGGGCCGAGCAAACAAUGCUGAAUGCGGUAGGGAAAAUGCCAGAGGUGUUUGUUACCUCGGCCGUCUGUUUAUUCAGCCAUGUGUUUUCCUAUGUGUUUGAACAUCUGCCACCAGGGGGCAGCACGCCUCAGCCCAUACAGAGGACAGCCAAGGAGGCAGAUAGUUAGUAUCCAAUCCCUUCUUCUUCUGAUGCAAGGGAACCUGCUACUCUCUGCCAUGCUCUUUCAUACUCACAUUCGUACUCGCUGCACGUUACUACUCCUCGUCAAGAGUAAUUCUAAGAGUAUGACACACUGCUUAGAGGUCAUUUAUGAUGUGAAAUCAUUUAAAACUAGUAGUGCACUACACGUGUUGGUUAAUUGUUAAACCAAUUGAUUUCCGCUACUAUUAUCUCCAAGGCUGGUGUGGUUGUCCAUACAAAUCAAUCUGACAGAAGGCCCACACAUACCUACAUUUUAUGGAUUUCCCUACUUUUAUGCUUCACUCAUCAUAAUUAUUUUCAGAACAUUAAGUAAUUAGGUCAUUUUUUUGUGGAGCUGUCUUGUCUCUCUUUUUUCCCUUCCAAUGGGAGUUAAUGAAGAAUUUUGAAGAGAUACGCUGUGAAGCACGCACCAUCUUUGAGUUGGUCUACGUUUCAUGGUUAUUAAGACAGCUUUUUCAAUGACUCAUCAGGUCAGAUUGACAGUGAAAUGGAAACUGACUACAAAUGUUGCUUUACAAUAGAGCACCCUGGCACAGGUUCGCAGCUCUCUCGUUUGAAAGUGGUUUAGACCCCCGCAUGAGGGCAAUUAAAAUGGAGGCUGUUCAUAGUUAAAAGUGCACACUGACAAAGAAAAACCUUUAUUAUACACGGUUGCUCACAGAUUUUAUUUGCUUUGACAAGACUUUCUUUCCUCGUAGGGCCUAGUUCAAAGACCUGCCCCCCACCCCUUACACACACACACACACACACACACACACACACACACACACACACUCGCUUCCUUUCACAUGCCCACACAGUCAUGCACAGGCUACAAUUCCCAGCCCCCUCCUGCUCUUCAUAAUCCUUCAUCCAAAAAAGGGAGAAAAAUAUGCAGACGUUAUUUUCACUUGGCAGACGAAUCACAAGCUGAGAGAAAGUAAGACCAAUCGACAAAGUUAACCCUUUCUGCGACUGUCAAGGCAUGCCUCUUUACACAUUAGACCGAGGAAAGUGCAAGCCUUCUCUCACAGCUUUGAUUUCUGUGAUAGCAAUAUUCAUGUGCAUUAUUAUGCUUUAAUCAAACACUUGACUUUUCAACGUAAAGGCAUUGUGUCAGACUGCCCACAGAAAGGUAGACUAGUAAGUCCACUAUAGGCCAGUGUUAACGCACCUGGAGUGUUGCUGUAUAAUCUUCACUGAUGUUCAGGAUUUUCAAAUAACUGUUGGUAUCUAUUUUUAAUUGCAAAGUUCAUGCCAGGUAAAAGAAAGGGCCAAAUGCACUUCUGUGGUCAUCAAAGUGUUUCCAUUUUGUUCUGUUAUCUCUCCCGGACAUACAGUAUAUCGCAAGCUAUUUUAGAUGAGCUCAGCCCAGACUAGCUGUUCAUCUACCUGGACUCUGUGCAAACGCGCACCGCAGCCUCUGGAUGAAAAGGCUUUUAAAACCCUUAAAGGUGUAGGUUUUUUAACGUUCUAAGUUCCGCAACAAUUGAAGGUUCUAAAAUUCUAUGUUGAAUUCAAUGAACCCAGAUAUUCUUUAGAACGUUCAUUUCUCAACAUUCCCGUCACACCAGUGUGACGGUACUCCUUUAAGGCUUUUAACUGAUAUGUACUUCAUUAACAAUUCAUCGGCCUGCCUCAUACUCUCUGACAAAAGUACCUGUGCAGAGUGUGAAAUCCUCUGCUGCUGUUUCUGCUCAGAAAGGGGACAUGUAUUGAAAUUGAAAAUCCUCACAUUAUUCAUCUGUAAUGGACACCAUUCUUUUGUGCGUCGAAUUUUCAGACGUAUUUGGACUGCUAAGCUGAGUUGUUUAGCAGAAAGGGGUGGAAAUUGGUUGUGCACACAAAUAUUUUUUCUUUCUUGGUCCAGUUUCAAACAGGGGUGAAUAAUGGAUUUUUUUUUUUUUUGGGGGGGGGGGGGGGGUGAAAGAAUGUUUUCCUUGUAAAAGGUGAGCAAGGGUGUUCAUUGCCUUACCUUUUCUACAAAGCAGUAUUUACAACUGUGGUUAUAUCAAGGACUCUACAUAGUAUUAAGAGGCUUUAAUGUUGUAGGUUAAGGGUCAUCAGUGGUGGAAUUAUAAUGUAGAAAGCACACAUAGUACGUGGCAAUUAUGUGACAACUGCAGCAACAACAAAGGUUGUGAUUACCACAAUGUCUGUAUCUUUCUACAAAAUGAAUAUCCAUGGUAAUAAGAAGGUAUGACUCAUAGUAUUUUCGAUGGUUGCUUUGCAUACUUGGCAUACAUUACAUUAUCCCAUAUUUUUCCUUCAUGAAAUGAAAGUCCUUGAAUGGCAAACUGGCUCACUUGGUCUUGUGUAAUUUCCCCGCAGAAACGGCUAUGGUUGUCUUGCUGCUGUAUCAGGACUCAGAGUAAUUCUCCCUAAAGCACAUUGAUUCAGAUUGGAAUAAUUACGCUAAAUGACUUGGGGGUCAAUUGACGCAAAGUGCUAAAUGGCUGGAGCUGAGAGGGCUUAAGAUGGGUUACACUCUCCUCCAUAAUUUUUAAGUGGUAAAAAGAAGCCUUCCUGUGAUAAUAAAUGUCUGUAAUGUCUAGAAUUGACCGCUGUUAAUCUUAUUAUUAUCCCACCUAUUGACCUCUUCUGCAAACAAAAAUCUAGGACGAUAUUGGGGUUCUAUUUUGCUCAAUUUUUAUUUAUCUGUGGUGUCGUUGUUCUUUUUGCUCUUUUUCUGCCCAUUUUCCAUGCAGUUCUUGUGUUGAUGACUAUUGACACAAUUGUAAUGAGAGUGAAAAGCUUCAGUACGGUAAAAAAACUUGGAGGGCAAAAGUAAUAUUUCAAACCUAGCUGUCUUCUCCAACUCUCUCGACUGAUUGUAUGAAAUCUAUGUGAGCGAUGGAGUGUACAGUAGAUAUCAGAUUGAAUAUGUGUGAGUCUUUGGCGCUGCUUUUACUGUGGCUUUUCACUCUUGGAAUGGUAUAAAUAGUAUGUUUCAGUCACUGACAUAAACAGUAACCAAAGUUACCUUUUUUUGUUUCCAUGACAAAAAAUGUUGUUGUUGUCCAAUGUAUGUGCCUUGAAAUUAACUUACAAUGUAAAGUCCUUGAAACCUUUAAAUGUUUUUGCACAAAAUGUAAAUACAGAAAUGAAACUUUUUGAAAAUAAAAGAGCCAUGGGAUUU